CCACAGCGGCCGCCUGAAACCACGACAACCUUGGAACUCAUCCGGCUUCAAUCAACGUAUAUGCCAUAGCAAGCUUCCAUGUCGGCUCUAGCGACACCCGCACGCGAUGCGCCCACGUCCGCCCCUUGCGCCUUCGCGGAACUCGUCCCUGCAAAUGUGCUAGCCAAAGACGCUUUCGACGCCGUUGCUGAAGCCAGCCUGCAACAGCCCCAGCCCUACUUCGCCGCCUUCAUGCGCAAUGGCGCCUUCCACUUCAACCUGCCGACUCGUGACCCACAGCGCUUCCCAAUAUGGAUCGCGGGAAAGGGCAGAGACACGGAGCCUGAUGCAACACAGCUUCGACUGACAGCGGGCUCUGGCACAGCUAAACAUGCCAUACGUGGGAAGCAUGUGCGCUUUUCCUUAUCCCCAAAGACCGGCUACCUCGUUAUCAGGGCCUACCCUCCCGCCGCAACAAGUCUAGCAGUUAACGGCGUGCCCCUAAACAUGGAGCCCUACACUUUGCACGAAAACACAGCAAGGGUUAGGAUUGGUGAGCUUGAGUACCUGUUUCGCUACACGACCUUCGCCCAGUCGAAGCAGUUCCUAGAGGCGCGCAACCUCUUCGUUUCGCUACAGCACCCAGACUCGAGCAAAGGCCUUGCCUUGACGCCUACACCCGCCCCAACAACCCGCAGCAUAGGCGAAUGGACGUUACAGAAAGAGCUUGGAAAAGGAGCGUCUGGGGCCGUGUACUCGGCGACAAGUCCGCGGGAUGAGGUGGUGGCGAUCAAGCUGAUCGUGAGGAACCAGCGCUCAGCUGCGUCAGUGAAGAAUGAAGUACAGACCCUGACAGCCAUCACUGAGGCAGCAAAGGCAGCUGCAUGCUCCCAUAUUGUCGCACUACGAGGUUCUAUCUACCCAAACGGGCUUGAGGAGUAG